AUGGAUUGGAAGGAUCCGCUUCGCAAACUCCCCACUAUCGCACCACACCCCGCCCCAGAAUCCGUGGCGAGCUCGGAGCUGUCUUCAAUCCUGGAAGAUAGUAACCGCUGGUACGACAGCCGUACCGCGGUGUUGAAGAUACUGGAGGACCGCUAUGUACCGAAUGGCCCUAAGGAUGACACCCCCAAAGUUCUGCGUACAUUCGUCAUGAAGCUGCCCAAGGGCGGUCAACUUGCUCUGAUGUCGGAGAUUCUUCUUCUCAAGGAUGAUUCGACUAAGUUACGACAGCUGCGUAACUUUUUGGUAGAUGCAAUCCUCAAGCCUAUGAAGGCAGCUGGUGGCAAGAAUCCCAAGACCCCGAUCACACCAACUCUGCAUCCGGAUGCGAAAGACGACAUCCUCCUCAGCAUGGCUACAAUUGAGCCUUCUUCUAUAAACGAUCAAGGACAAUUAACAGUUGACUGCUUGCGAAGAGAGGGCUAUCGUUGUGCUGUUUGCGGCAGAGUUGAUGGAGUCUGGAGAAGCAAAGUGCCAGAAUGUACAGUGGGAAUGGUCAGAACUCAAUGUGCUCAUAUACUGCCAUUCGCACUUGGGAACUUCGAUGAGCAGAGUGCACAAGAG